AAUUUAAGCAGAACUCCAAGUCCGAUUCAGGUAGCGAGAGAUCAAGAGAGAAACAGCCAACAUGAGUCUGAGUGACAAAGACAAGGCCAACGUCAAGGCCCUGUGGGCCAAAAUCUCCAAGUCAGCGGACGCUGUUGGCACUGAUGCUCUGAACAGGAUGCUCAUAGUCUAUCCGCAAACCAAGACCUACUUCUCCCACUGGCCAGACCUGUUUGCCAACUCUGCCCACGUGAAAUCCCACGCAAAGAAGGUCAUGGGCGGAGUCGCCACGGCUGUGUCCAAGAUUGACGACCUGACUAACGGCCUUCUGGAGCUCAGCGAGCAGCACGCCUUCAAGCUGAGGGUGGACCCUGCCAACUUCAAGAUCCUGGGCCACUGCCUUGUCGUGGUGAUUGCCUGUCAGUUCCCCAAGGAGUUCCCCCCUGAGGUCCACGUCAGCUUCGAUAAAUUCCUGAGCGCCCUGGCUCUGGCUCUGUCUGAGAGAUACCGCUAAGCUGUCCGCAAUGUAUAAUGCGGUCUGCCGCUCUUGACCAUGUAACUCAUGGCGAAAAAUUAAAUAAUAAACAGCAUGCCGCCAAAAA